CUCAUUUUACUGUUCAAUCUCCUCGAAAUCAAAAACCCCAACGAUCGCUGAUUCUUGCGAUUUCAAUCGAUCUGAGGCGAACGAUGUCUCUCAGGCCUAGCGCGAAGACGGAGGCGCGACGGAACCGGUACAAAGUGGCGGUCGACGCGGAGGAGGGACGGCGGAGGCGAGAGGAUGACAUGGUUGAGAUCAGGAAGAACAAGAGGGAAGAGAAUCUUCAGAAGAAGAGACGCGAGGGGAUCUCUUCGGCCGCGGCACAAUCGGAACAUGAUCUUCCUUCUGAGAAGAAAUUUAUAGAGAAUCUAACGGAGAUGGUUGCUGGGAUAUGGUCAGAGGAUAGCAACUCACAACUUGAGACGACCAUUCUCUUGCGCAAAAUGCUUUCAAGGGAGCAAAACCCUCCUAUCAAUGAUGUUAUACAGUCUGGUGUUGUUCCUCGCGUUGUGACUUUCCUUUCAAGGGUUGAUUUUCCCAAACUUCAGUUUGAGGCAGCUUGGACGCUCACCAACAUUGCUUCAGGGACAUCGCAGAACACAAAUGUCAUCAUUGAAAGUGGUGCUAUCCCUUUAUUCGUCCAGCUUCUCAGCUCCGCUAAUGAGGAAGUCCGCGAACAGGCGGUUUGGGCAUUGGGAAAUGUUGCUGGAGACUCACCAAAGUGCCGUGAUAUUGUCUUAAGUUGCUGUGCCAUGUUGCCUCUUCUGUCUCAGUUCAAUGAGCAUACAAAACUCUCAAUGCUUAGGAAUGCUACGUGGACUUUAUCAAACUUCUGCAGAGGGAAGCCUCAGCCUUCCUUCGAACAGACAAGCCCAGCUUUACCAUUUCUUAAGGGCCUUGUGCAAUUAACAGAUGACGAAGUACUCACAGAUGCAUGCUGGGCUCUGGCAUACCUCUCGGAUAACACAAAUGAACAUAUACAGGCGGUUAUCGAUUCAGGCGUUAUCCCUCGCAUCAUCCAGCUCUUAGCUCAUAUGUCGCCGGCAGUGCUGAUUCCUGCUCUUCGUACCAUUGGGAAUAUAGUAACCGGCAAUGAUGUACAGACUCAGACGGUUGUGGACCAUCAGGUGCUUCCUAGUCUUUUGGUCCUUAUUAAAAAGAACUACAAGAAGAGUAUCAAGAAGGAAGCUUGCUGGACUAUCUCGAACAUAACAGCUGGGAGUUCGAAUCAGAUACAAGCAGUGAUUGAAGCAGGUGGCAUUCAAGCUCUGGUUUGGGUGCUCGACAACGCAGAGUUCGAAGUGAAAAAAGAAGCUGCUUGGGGAAUCUCAAAUGCUACUACUGGUGGCACUCAUGAUCAAAUCAAGUUUAUGGUGAGCAAAGGGUGUAUCAGACCGAUAUGCGAUCUUCUAACCUGCCCGGAUCCAAGAAUCGCAAUGGUUUGCUUAGAAGCGGUGGAGAACAUUCUGGUGGUUGGAGAAGCAGUGAAGCGCUCGGGUCUCACAGGUGACGAGAACCUCUUUGCUACACUGGUAGAAGAAGCAGGAGGACUUGAGAAGAUUGAGAAUCUUCAGAGCCACGACAACGAGGAUAUAUACCAAAGAUCUGUGAAAGUCCUCGAAACCUUUUGGACUGAAGACGACGGUGAGGAAACAGGAGACGGCAACAAUGAUAUUCGCGUUAAUGUUCCUCCUCCUGGUCUAUUCAACUUUAUAUGAAGGACAUAUCGAACGGUGAUAACGUGAUGUAGAAGCAAUCCUCUCUCUCUCUCUUGUCUUUCUUUCUCUACACUCUCACUACUCACAUCUCGUGGAUAUGAUAGAAACAACAUUAUUCCAUGUUUCUUUGAAGUUUGUCUGUGUUUUUGGCGGAAGACAAACAAUUAUGUUGGGUGUUUUUCAAUAACAACGAAUCUUUUAAUCACGAGUGGAAAUUAAAAGUUCAUCUGAUUGAUCUUUAUUAUAA